GCACACGACCCACACUCUUCAUUUCCCAGUCACACGCGAACGAACACACACGGCCGCUCUCUCCCUCCCUCCCACACACACUCUCCCUCUCUCGCUCCCGCACGCAGCAACCUCAAGUGAAAGACAAAAGUGAACUCGCCUACAGACACGAGUGAGAGCAUACGGCGUACCUCAAGUCACCUCACCUUGCCCCUCUCUACACCACCUCACGAAGUCGUUGAUCUUGGAAGCCCCGAACGCCCGCGAGUCAAGAUGCCGUACGAUUUUAGCACGUGGGACAGGAAUUGCCUUGAAGAGCAUGUGACGCCCAUUGACGGGACUCUGACAGGCAGCAUACCGCCCUGGGUUCGCGGGGCCUACCUUCUCAACGGGCCGGGGCGCAUGACGUACGGGGACAUCGAAUUCAACCACGUGUUCGACGGCUCGGCGCUGCUGCAGAGGUUCGCCAUCACGGAGACGGGCGUGACCUUCAACAGCCGCUUCCUCCGCUCCUACGCCUACACCACCAACCUCGAGCACGGCCAGAUCGUGGUGUCGGAGUUCGGCACCACCGGCAAGUCUGUGGCCAAGGGGAAGCUGAGCAAGCUGGGCGACAAGUUUGCUUUCGACAAGAUGUUCUCGGACAAUGCCCCAGUGGGAGUGGUCAAGUUUGGUGGCGAGCAUUACUGCAUCACGGAAGCGCCCUUCCUGCAUAAAAUUAACCCCACCACCCUGGAGACCAUAAAUAAGGUGGACCUCCACAAGGAGCUGAACAUGAAUUCGCACUGCCCCAACCCACACACGCUCUCUGACGGCACCACCUACAACGUGCUGCACAUGGUCGGCCCCACUGGACCCAAGUACGACAUCGCCGCCUUCCCGCCCACGCCCCAGGAAGGCAAGAGCAGCGUCUUCGCCAAGCCGAAGAAGAUAGCGUCAGUGGACGCGCGCUGGAAGCUCAACCCUUGCCACAUGCACACCUUCGGCAUGACGGAGAACUACUUCGUCCUCCUUGAGCAGCCCAUGACCAUCGACGUCAAGGCCAUGGUCGCCAACACGAUUCGGGACAAGCCCUUCAUCGGUGGCAUGGAGUGGAUGGCGAACAAGCUGAUCAAGAUCCACCUGGUGCACCGCGAGACGGGGAAGGAGGUGAAGCAGAAGGCCAAGUGCGAGGCGUUCUUCUUCAUGCACAUCAUCAACUGCUACGAACAGGACGGCCACGUGAUCAUCGACGUCAACGGCUACUCGGACACCAAGUUCCUGCACGCCCUCCACCUCAAGAACCUCAGGGAAAACCCUAACCUCGGCAACGAGCUGGACGGCGGCAACGUGAAGAGGAUCAUCAUGCCCCUGGACGUCAACGAGAAGGCGACGCCAGAACUCAACUUGGUGAUGAUCGCGGGCAGCCGAGCCAAGGCAAACCGCCAGAAGGACGGCUCGCUGCUCCUCACGCCGGACAACAUCACCGACUACUCCUACGAGAUCCCGACCCUCAACCCGAACAUCCUCAGGAAGAAGUACAAGUACAGCUACGGCACCACGGGCGACAUGAAGCAGACCAACGGCAAGUUUGGCAAAGUGACCCUGGACACGCGCGAGGUGAAGGAAUGGAGCGAGGACGGCAUGUACGCCUCCGUCGGCUGCUUCCUGCCAAGACCCGGAGCCACGGCUGAGGACGACGGGGUGCUGCUGGGCACGGUGCUCCACAGCGGCGACAAGAGGAAGGUGACGCUACUGGUGCUGAACGCUGCGGACAUGACGGAGCUCGCCCGCGCCACGUUCACCACGGCCUCAGACGUGCCGCGCUCCCUGCACGGCUGCUUCGUGCCCGCCUAAACGCCCGCUGCACGCCGGCCCCGCCGCCUGGAGGCUGGGGUCGGGUUGGGAGUGACUUGUGGCUGUUCCAGCAGGGACAUGACGAGGGCCGCGCACCACACCAGGACGAGACGGUUCGACUACGGUAACUGCCGCAUAGAACACGAUGACACGCCGCAUCCUUUCUCUCAACGGGGCUACUAUAGCAAGGAUCCGACUUUAGUAAGGGACGAUUUGUUAGCUUUACGUACAAUGUUUUUUUUUCAGUUUUAUUAUGUGUAUGUUUUUCUAUAAAGUAUUAAAUUGUUGAAUAUGUA